AGCAUAUUAAAAUCUCGCUAUCCCGUUGCCUCCCUCGUCUUGGAUUUGUUUUCUCAACGGGUCUCCCGGGCCGAUGCGGUCUCGUUAAUCGGAAUAACAAUGGGAGUCGUCGUCCGUGAAUGCCUCUAUUAUAAUUUUAAAGCCUUUAACGUGGGACAUACGCCAAUAAGGGUAUAUAAACUGCGUUCCUUGCUAAAAAGCAUUAGAAGCACAAGAGGAGUGAGCAAAAUCAGCGAUUAUCCGGUGCAAAGGAGGUGCUUCACAGUAAACAUGGGGACAAUCUCAGCUCCUGUUGCAGAGAAAGUAAAACACACCAUGGAGUUGUUCGGAGAUGUUCGAAAUGAUGACUAUUAUUGGCUUAGAGACGAUUCCAGGUCGAAUCCCAAGGUCCUUGCUCAUCUGCAGCAGGAGAAUGCUUACACCAAUGCAGUCAUGUCUGAUACAAAACAAUUGGAAGAGGAGCUUUACAAAGAGUUACGAGGCCGAAUCCAAGAAGCUGAUAUUACUGCUCCUCUUCGCAAAGGAUCUUACUAUUACUAUGAAAAAACACUGGAGGGAAAGCAAUAUACACAAUACUGUAGGAGGUACAUUGUUGAGGGUGAAGGGCCUUCCUCUGUUGAUGAAACAAUGGAGACGGGACCUGAUGCACCAGUGGAGGAGGUUCUAUUUGAUGAAAAUGUGAAGGCUGAAAAACAUGAAUUUUAUAAUGUUGGAGCAUUCAAGAUGAGCCCCAAUCAUAAGUUGAUUGCAUAUGCAGAGGACACCAAAGGGGAUGAAAUAUAUACUGUCUAUGUCAUUGAUGCAGAAACCAAAGAGUUCAUUGGCAAACCUUUAACAGGAAUUACUGACUACCUGGAAUGGGCUGAUAAUGAGACACUAGUGUACAUUACCAUGGAUGAUAUACAUCGUAAUGAUAAGGUAUGGAGGCAUAUUUUGGGUUCAGAUCAGUCUGAUGAUUCUUGCCUGUAUCAUGAAAAGGAUGACGAGUACUCUUUAGAGCUUAUUGCAUCAGAAAGCAAGCAAUACCUUUUUGUUCUGUCAGGAAGUAAAACUACACAGUUUGUGUUAUUUCUAAAUGUUUCAGAUGUACAGAAGGAACUAAAGUUCCUAACACAGCGUAUUGAGGGAGUUGAUAUAGAUCCAACUCAUCGAGGGAAUCAUUUUUUCUUUAGAAGGAGGAGUGAUGAGAUUUUCAACUCUGAGCUACUGGUUUGCCCUGUAGAUGACGUAACUGCCACAACAGUGCUCAUCCCUCACAGGCCAAGAAUAAAGUUGACGGAGGUGCAAGCAUUUAAAGAUCACCUUGUAGUGUAUGAGCGUGAUAAUGGUCUAGUUAAAGUAACUGUUUAUCAUCUUCCACCUUUUGGGGAGGCUAUUACAAGACUUUAUGGUGGGCAGACUAUUGAGUUUGUUGAACCAAUAUAUUUAGUCUCAUCUAUGGAAUCACAGUUCAAUUCUCAUGUACUACGAUAUAAGUAUAGCUCAUUCCGUACACCUCAAUCUGUUUAUGACUAUGAUAUGAACACUGGAAAGUCAGUUUUGAAGAAGGUUACUCCGGUCUUGGGAGGAUUUGACAAGGAGAAAUAUGAAACUGUUAGAGAAUGGGCAGAAGUUUCUGAUGGGACAAAAGUGCCAAUUUCUAUUGUGUAUAGAAGAGAUUUAGUAAAACUAGAUGGCACAGAUCCUCUUCUUCUCUAUGGAUAUGGCUCAUAUGAGGUUUGCAUAGAUCCUGAUUUUAGAUCAACAAGACUAUCCUUGGUUGAUCGUGGCUUUGUAUAUGCAAUUUCUCAUGUUAGAGGAGGGGGUGAGAUGGGUCGGAAGUGGUAUGAAGAUGGAAAGCUCUUAAAGAAAAGGAACACUUUCACUGAUUUUAUUGCUUGUGCUGAAUAUUUAUUAAUGCAGAAGUAUGGUUCAAAGGACAAGUUAUGCAUUGAUGGAAGAAGUGCAGGAGGCUUACUUAUUGGCACAGUUUUAAAUAUGAGACCGGAUUUAUUUAAAGCAGCUAUGGCAGGAGUGCCUUUUGUAGAUGUUGUUACAACGAUGCUAGAUCCUAGCAUUCCACUGACAACUUCUGAGUGGGAGGAGUGGGGUGAUCCACGGAAAGAGGAGUUCUACUUUUACAUGAAGUCUUAUUCUCCAAUUGACAAUGUCCAGGCACAGAAUUACCCCAACAUUUUAGUCACUGGAGGUCUUCAUGAUCCACGUGUUUUGUACUCGGAGCCUGCAAAAUAUGUUGCAAAGUUAAGAGAAAAGAAGACCGAUGAUAAUUUAUUGUUAUUCAGGUGUGAACUUGGUGCUGGACAUUUUUCAAAAUCUGGCCGAUUUGAUCGACUAGAGGAAGAUGCUUUUAUAACUGCGUUCUUUUUGAAGUCAGUGGGCAUGCUUUCUAAAUGAAAAUGUUGUCAUUAUUGAUGAGUCAAAUGUAAUUGUGUUCCUGAGGUGGAAUUUUCAUUUCUUUUAUGAAUUGUCCAUGGAAAUUUGUUUAGAUGAUGUUUCCAAUUAUUGGUUCCAUCAUUAAAUGAUGAUGAAGUCAUUGUAUCGUUGAAACAUUUAUCUUAGUGAAAGCUUCAUAUGACUUUUAGUUUGCAUGACUUUAAUUUGGUUGUUGUAGAUCACAUUUUUGGCAAUGACACUUUAAUUUUAGCUAUUAUUAGUGAA